AUGGAAUCGGAGGGGGUGGGCGGGAAAGGAGCGCGCGUGGAGAAAAGCUGGAGAAAGCUUUCCACGGGCAAAGAGGAAGAAGAGGGGGAAGAAAGAGAAAGGAGAAAUGAGCGGUCGGUGGAAAAGCAACCGCGUCCGAAAAGGGGAAGAGAAGAGAGAGGGGAUAUCACGGAAGACGAUGAAGAUGAAGCCCAAAGGAAGGAGGGAAGAGAGUCGAGGGGCUGGCAGGAAAGGUGUGAAAUUUGCCAAGCGGCACUAGUGGUUGCGCAGCUCAGCAGCCGUCACCACCGCGCAGAAAAAGCUGACGGCCAGGAGCGGACUAGCGCGGUGGGGCCGAUCUGGAGGCGGUUAUUUUGGGGCUUAACGGUGUGGAUACGGGGUGAUGACCGUGGCCACGGCACGCCAAACGAACACACCUGGGCCGAUGGUCGGUAUGAGGCCGUGCUGCUGUCCGGAAUCCACGCGCGCCGUGCCUUCUGGCUCCCCUGA